AUGGCAAAAUUCCCAAUCAAACAGCAAAUCAGGUACGACGAUACAGUACUCUUCUGUGCUAUUGUUGACUUGAACAUGUUUCGCAGAACUAACAAAGUCCACAACACUCCAAGCAGCUUACGAUCUAAGAUCCCUAUUGUUAAAUGGAGGGAUCAGUUAAUUGCAAGGGGUGACGAAAAUAACACAACUGCUAGAACCUCAAAUAUGUUGGCCACAAAUGCAGUAAAUCCAUUCAACAAUGACGACGAAAAGGAUAAUCGAUAUAUUGACAUCACUGCAGAAGAUGAAACUACUGAUCAUUUCGGUGGCAACGAUCUAAAUUCAAUAGAAUGA